CUCUGAUGUCAGUGUACUUUUGGAAGUGGUGGCGAAGAGUCGCGCCAACAGGACUAACAAUAAGUCCUCGCGUAAAGUACUCUAAAACUAACAGCUAAACAGUGAUCUUGUGUCCUCGCGUCUGAGUGAUUACGGCGACAUAAAUCUAAGUUUGUGCGAACUCACAUAACCUACAAAAUGUCGGAAAAUUCGCAGGACGUUUUAAAGGAUGCAGCCGCGGCGACAGCAGUCGUUGGCGGAUCACUAUUUAGCACAUUUGAUAUCAUAAUGUUAGUUUUCUUAUUGGGAGGUGCAGCCUGGUGGUUGUGGACCUCUAGAAAGGACAACAAGAAAGAUGAAAUACUUCUCAGCAAAUAUUCCAUACAGCCGGCUGGUACAAUUCAAAUUACGGAAAAUUCUUUCAUAAAGAAACUACAAGCGUCAGGAAGAAGCUUAGUAGUAUUUUAUGGAUCUCAAACAGGCACCGGUGAGGAGUUCGCAGGUCGCCUGGCUAAGGAGGGCAUCCGAUAUAAGAUGAAGGGAAUGGUCGCUGACCCCGAAGAAUGUGAUAUGGAAGAGUUAACUAAACUCAAGGAUAUACCUAAUUCUAUGGCCGUGUUUUGUAUGGCAACAUAUGGUGAAGGAGACCCAACAGACAAUGCUAUGGAAUUUUACGAGUGGCUGAAGAAUGGAGAUCCUGACCUAACUGGAUUAAAUUAUGCCGUGUUUGGUCUCGGCAACAAGACUUAUGAGCAUUACAAUGCAGUAGCUAUUUAUUUAGACAAAAGGUUGGAAGAAUUGGGUGGCACUAGAGUCUAUGAAGUGGGUUUGGGAGACGAUGAUGCUAAUAUUGAAGAUGAUUUUAUCACAUGGAAAGACAAGUUCUGGCCAUCGGUGUGUGAAAUGUUCAACAUUGAGAGCACAGGCGAAGAGGAGCUGGUUCGUCAGUUCCGUUUGGUGACACAUGCCCCCGAGGACCUCACACCCAAUAGUGUCUUCACUGGUGAAAUUGCUCGGUUACAUUCCCUUCAAGUACAGAGGCCUCCUUAUGAUGCCAAGAACCCAUUCUUGGCUCAAAUCAAGGUGAACAGGGAGUUGCACAAGGGUGGCGACAGGUCAUGUCUACAUGUUGAGCUGGACAUCUCCGACUCCAAAAUGCGAUAUGAAGCAGGUGAUCAUGUGGCUGUAUAUCCCAUCAACGAUACAACCUUAGUUGACCAAUUAGGAAAAUUGACUGGUGCCAACCUUGACGAGAUAUUCUCUCUAAUCAACACUGACCAAGAAAGCAGCAAGAAGCAUCCCUUCCCUUGCCCCACCUCGUACAGGACCGCUCUGUCUCAUUACAUUGAGAUUACUGCUCUGCCUAGGACUCACAUUCUGAGAGAGCUGGCUGAAUAUUGUUCUGAAGAGGAGGACAAGAAGAAGCUGUUGCUAAUGGCAACCAACUCUCAGGAGGGCAAGGACUUGUACCAGUCAUUCGUGGUCGAUUCAUGCAGGAACAUCGUGCACAUCUUAGAGGACAUAAAGUCGUGUAAACCCCCACUAGACCACCUUUGCGAGCUGCUGCCACGACUCCAACCUCGAUACUACUCCAUUUCUUCUAGUCCUAAGCUCCACCCGGAGACGGUGCACAUCACCGCCGUGGUGGUGCAGUACAAGACGCCGACGGGCCGCCUCAACAAGGGCGUGGCCACCACGUGGCUCGCCGAACACAAGCCUAAGGAUGGCGAGUACCCACGCGUACCGGUCUUCAUCAGGAAGUCGCAGUUCAGGCUACCACUGCAAACUCAGACUCCAAUCCUGAUGGUGGGCCCAGGCACGGGUCUCGCGCCGUUCCGCGGCUUCUUGCAAGAGAGGGCGCACGCGCGCGAGAGCGGCAAGGAGGUCGGCGACAACAUACUCUACUUCGGCUGCAGGCAUCGCGACCAGGACUUCAUCUACCAAGAGGAGCUAGAACAGUGGGCCAAGAACGGUGACGUGACGCUGAACCUGGCGUUCUCUCGCGACCAGCCGCAGAAGGUGUACGUCACGCACCUGCUUGAGAAGAACCUGGAACAGAUCUGGGACGUCAUCGGCAAGCGGAACGGACACUUCUACAUCUGCGGUGACGCAAAGAACAUGGCUGUGGACGUCCGCAACAUCAUCCUGAAGGCCAUCCAGCAGCAGGGCGGCAAGACCGAGGCCGAGGCCGUGCAAUUCCUCAAGAAAUUGGAAUCCAUGAAAAAGUAUUCAGCGGACGUAUGGAGUUAAAACCUUCAUAUAACACGUUAGGUAAAUUAAUUCAACUAUUAUCGAGUGUAGGCUAGUUUCAGAGUUAAAUCAGCACAUGAUGAGACUUCAAAACAACUAGCUAAUUGGCUGAUGGACUUGCCGGUCGUUAUAAUAGUCUCGCAUUUCGAAAGUGGUUCAAAUCUGUUACUUACUCAUUGAUUUUACGGUUAUACAGAAUCUUAUGCAGUUGUUCAUCAUCUUCCUCGCGUUGUCCCGGCAUUUUGACACGGCUCAUGGGAGCCAGGGUUCCGCGUGGCAACUAAUCCCAGGAAUUGGCGUGGGCAAUAGUUUUUAUGAAAGGAACUGCUAUCUGUCCUUCCAACACAGCGGGUAAACUAGUCCUUAAUGGGAUUAGUCCGGUUUCCUCACGAUGUUUUCCUUCACCGGAAAGCGACUGGUAAAUAACAAAUGAUAUAGGUACAGAACCUUAGCUGUUGUUAAGGAAAAUAUAAAUUACCUAUAAUAUUACCCCACCUUGACUGGCAAAACGCAAGUCAUUCAUUAAUGACAAAAGUGGAAACUUGUGUGUAUGUAGUAUAGUAGUACUUAUGUAUCCGUUUACUUCACAGAUUUUUUCUCAUUACUGUUGUUCCUAAUUUAGCUUAUUUACAUGAAACUAGCCUAUGAUUAAGUUCGCACAAAUGUAUGAUUUCAUGACCUAGGCAAGCGGUCAUCAAGUCAGAAGUUUAAUGAUGUUUUAGUACCCACAUUAAAAGUGACGAUUUUUACUGCCGCGAAGCAUUAGGUAAUUUACAUAUUCGGCAAAACUGGCCGCCCCUCACGCAUACAUAUAUAUAUUUGUUAAAAAAACGUAGAACAUUCCUCAUUAUACAAUGACGUCAAUGACUUAUCGCCAGACAUCGUAAAUUUAAAUUUGGUAGUAUUUUCAUUGCAGCGUAGUUGAGUUUAAGAAAUUCGUAGAAACAAUGUCAAGGAAUAUUAUCGACUAAGGCUAUUAAUUCUAAUUUCAACUUUUGUAUAUCAUAGAUUCUGUCGAGACUGAAAAUUUUAUUAAAUUUACGAUGUCUGCCUAUCACAGAAUAAUAAAUUCCAGCAAAUAGCUAGAAUGAAUAAGAGUACGGUUGGGGAUAACGAGAUAUACCUAGGUAAUAAUUGCGCCGACACGUUCUUUCAGUUAUUCGUUAUCAACUUACCUAACUGAAAUAGAAUUAAAUGUAAGAUUGUUUUGAAUUACUUUUGUUUUAGCUAAUAGAGAAAUACGUGCCUUCCUCGUACUAUCUGUACUGUUUUAUACCCCUAUUGAUACAGAAGUGCGGAAAGUAAUUUUGUUCAUUUCUGCCCUACAGUUACCUAAGUUGUCAAGUAGCUAUAAGUUUCAUGUAUCCAGCAUUCGUUUCGUAUAGUGUGAGACUUUGUAUAGCGACGUGGUAUUGCGUGAUCGUGCGACAACGAGUGGGUUAUAACAGUAACCUUAGGUUAUUUUAAAUACAUUGUUCUGUUGACCUUCGAUUACUAAGUGAUUGAACGUAGAUUUAUUUAUUCAUUUACCGAAGUUUAAUUACCUUAUUCGUUAUGUAUAUUUCAAAACAAAUAUUUAUAUGGUUGUGUUAAUUAUUUUUCCAUUUGAAGUUAUUUACUAACAGUUCUGAUAGGAAUGAUCGGCUGUGAAAAUGGACAAAGUAAUUUUAUGCUUUAUUGAACAUUUCCAUGUCAUAUGAUUUUAAAUCAGUUAUUUUGUUAAAUUGUAUUUCAGUUUUUUUCCUAUAGGAAAAGUAAUACUAAGUAAUAACCUCAAAUGGAAUAGUAUUUAAUUGGUCUGCGUAUGAAAACAUAGUCAAUAUAUUGUUGAACAAAUUUGUAAUGUUUGUUAUUGUUGUAUUUUGUACAAGUACCUAAAAACUAAUACAUUGUUGUCAUGUUUUUAUGUAAGUGGACUGGGAAUAGAUUUAAGUAUAUGAAAGUUUAUGUAUUUUUGUAUUUAUGAGACAAUAUUAUUAAAACAGUUUUAUAUUAAGUA